GGCACUUCAUAGCUAAGGAAAGUGGCAACCCUGGUGGCAAUCAGGAACAUCUGUUUAUUUCAGGUCUAACCACAAUUAAUAAAGCCGGGCUAUAGUUUUUGAUCUAAUUUGUUUUGUAAUAUAUUUUUUGAUUUUGUGGCGGAAAUUAUAACAUAAAACACGGCAUCAUGGAUACAAGUGUGAAUACGUUCUUCGUAUCGGAGAAAAUAUCAAAAAUUCGCUGGUUGCCGGAGAAGUUGGAAGCAGCAGAACGUUUCCUCACUGGCAGUUGGGAGAUGCCCGCUAAUUUUGUGCGUUUAUGGCGAUUACAGCAGAAUCAAUACGCUGAUGACUACAACGAGUUUGUACCGCGUUGUUGUGACAAACAAUCCUUCAACGGUGAUGUUACCGGGCUUGAAUUUAUUGCAAAUGAUUUGGCUGUGGUUAGCUGCGCUGAUGGACGUAUUACAAUACUACAUGUUACACGCGCCGUUGAGGAUGAUGUCUUAAAACAGAAGGCGCAAAGUGAUGUACUUCACAAAUUUGAAGCAAGUGGCUCUGCGGCACCUUGUACAGCAAUAUCUGCAUACGAAAAGGAAAUUGCCACUGUAGGCGAGGAUGGUCGCUUGAAUAUUGUUGAUGCUAAUGAUGUGCAUAAAGUGCGACGCACCAUUGAGGCAGACAGCAUAGCGCUGACUGCUUUAAAAUACGUCAAUCCUCGUGAGGUGCUAACAGCAAAUCGUAUGGGUGUCAUUCGAAUGUUCGAUGUACGUGCCUCAGCCGAUGAAGUAGCUGUCACAGCUUUUAUGACUUCAUGUGAAGAGGAAAGACGUUCAAAUUAUGUAUCCGCGAUCACUUCGCAUCCAACACAACCGCAUAUUGUACUAGCUGGAUCAGAGGAGGGCUCCAUAACCGUAUGGGAUCUACGACAACCAGGUUUUCCAGCAUCUUAUUUGAGCGCACAUACCAGUGCUAUAACUGAAAUUGGUUUCCACCAUAGAGAACCUUCCAAGCUCUUUACAGCUGCGGAAGGUGGUGAGUUGUGGUUGUGGAAGCAACAGUCGAGUACGGGUAUUACUGAUAUGGAAGCAUCUGCAGCGGAACACUGUAACCCUUGGUUAAAUGGGGAGCGUGCUAAAAGCCGAAUAAAUGUUACAUCAUUAAUUUCAAAUUUGCGAAAAUCUAUUAACACCUUCGAUGCAAGUGGCUCAAAGAUAAUUUGUGGCAGCGAUAGCGAAGCAAUUUAUUUUAUUGAUAGUAUAUAUUAAAUGUUAUUUUAAAAUAAUAUGUAGUUGAUAUUAAAUGAGGAAAGUUUUUGU